CCAACCUAAGCAACUCAGAUUCAGUGUUACCUGUGGUGUUGAUCUGAUCCUGAUUUCAUUGCUUAAUUCUAAAAUUAGCUCUCUCUUUUAUUCCUGAGAUUUGGUUCCCAACUCAUUAGGGAUAUGGACCCCUGUCCGGGCAUCCCUGUUUGGAGUGAUGUGCCCAGGGUUUUGUCUAGCAUCCAUGCUCUCCAAGACUCAGGGCCACCUUGCACUGUGGCCUGAUGCAUGGAGAGAAAUCUUGUGUCCUUGCCUGUAUCCAGCACCACAUCUGAAAUGGAACCAAAUGGAACCUUUAGCAAUAACAGGAACUGUACGAUUGAAAACUUUAAGAGAGAAUUUUACCCAAUAGUAUAUCUGAUAAUAUUUGUCUUGGGAGCCUUGGGAAAUGGCUUUUCUGUAUAUGUUUUCCUGCAGCCUUACAAGAAAUCCACAUCUGUGAAUGUUUUCAUGCUCAACUUGGCCAUUUCAGAUCUCCUGUUUACAACCACUCUGCCCUUCAGAGCUCACUAUUAUUUCAGAGGCUCCAACUGGAUAUUUGGGGACCUGGCCUGCAGAAUUGUGUCGUACUCCUUGUAUGUCAACAUGUACACCAGCAUUUACUUCCUCACUGUGCUGAGUGUUGUGCGUUUCCUGGCCACUGUUCACCCAUUUCGGCUCCUCCACGUCACCACCAUCAGGAGUGCCUGGAUCCUUUGUGGGAUCAUAUGGAUCUUUUUCAUGGCUUCUUCAUCAGUGCUUCUGAAGACUGGCUCUGAUAUUAAGGGCAACAUCACAUUAUGUUUGGAGCUGAAUCCCCAAAAACGUGAUAAGCUGCUGAUCAUGAACCAUGUUGCCUUGGUGAUAGGUUUCCUGCUCCCAUUCUUCACUCUCAGCAUCUGUUAUCUGCUUAUCAUCCGGGUCCUGUUAAAGGAAGAGAUUCCAGAAUUGAGUCUGCGUGCAUCUCACAAGAAGGCACUGAUCACCAUCAUCAUUGCAUUGAUCAUCUUCCUCUUGUGCUUCCUACCUUAUCAUACACUGAGGACCCUCCACCUCAUCACAUGGCACAUGGAUUCAUGCGGAGAUGGGCUGCAUAAAGCCGUGGUCAUCACAUUGUCCUUGGCUGCAGCCAAUUGCUGCAUCAAUCCUUUUCUCUAUUACUUUGCUGGAGAGAAUUUCAAGAAUAGAUUAAAGACUAUAUUCAGAAAAAAUCAUCUACAGAAGACAAAGACUAAGUGCAACUUUCCUAUUUGUGGGUAG